GUUUUGAUGACGUAGUCACGGCCAGUCAAUGGAGUCAAGCGGUCAGGGUGAACGAGGCCAUAACAUAUUUAAACUGUAUUUUUUCUUAAAAUAACAACCGCGAGGAGAUAAAGGCUAUUUUGAAAAGAAUGGUUGUCAGAGAGUAGUUACACCCCAAAUAGGUGGCACUUCCGCCGACGACAGGCUGUGACAACAUAACGGCCUAUAUGUGGGCUAAUUAGCUAACCUGUUAGCUAGCAUUUUUUUUUUUUAUCGUUCACAAAAUCAGCAGUGCGGCUUUUUAUUUCGUUUUCGUUAUCUCAUCUGAUCCACUUCUGUUAAGAAGACAUUUCCUCUCAACAAUGGCGGAACAGGGUCCAGUUGUCGCACAGCAAAAUUUGGACAGGAGCUGCUGGGUGUGCUUCGCCACAGAUGAGGAUGACCGCACAGCAGAGUGGGUUCGACCGUGUCGAUGCCGUGGCUCGACGAAGUGGGUUCACCAGUCCUGCCUGCAGCGCUGGGUGGAUGAAAAACAGAGAGGCAACAGCACGGCGAGGGUUGCUUGUCCACAGUGCAAUGCUGAAUAUCUCAUCGUCUUUCCAAAACUAGGUCCUGUGGUUUAUGUGCUGGAUCUGGCCGACAGGCUCAUUUCCAAAGCCGGGCCUUUCGCUGCAGCAGGCAUCAUGGUGGGCUCCAUCUACUGGACCGCCGUCACCUACGGAGCCGUCACUGUCAUGCAGGUGGUGGGCCAUAAGGAGGGCCUGGACGUCAUGGAGCGGGCGGACCCACUCUUCCUGCUCAUUGGCCUGCCCACCAUCCCCGUCAUGCUGAUCUUGGGGAAGAUGAUUCGCUGGGAGGACUACGUCCUUCGUCUGUGGAGGAAAUACUCAAACAAACUGCAGAUCUUUGACAAAAUCUUCCCAGGUAUCGGCUGCCCGGUGCCCCGUAUCCCCGCCGAGGCCAGCCCGCUGGCCGACCACGUGUCCGCCACACGGAUCCUGUGCGGCGCCCUGGUCUUCCCCACCAUCGCCACCAUCGUCGGGAAGCUCAUGUUCAGCAGCGUCAACUCCAAUCUCCAGCGGACCAUUCUGGGAGGCAUCGCCUUUGUGGCCAUCAAAGGGGCGUUUAAGGUCUACUUCAAACAGCAGCAGUACCUGAGGCAAGCCCACCGUAAGAUCCUCAACUUCCCCGAACAGGAAGAGGCAUGAGGCGAUGAACUGAGCGCCGUCAUCCCCGCCGCAUCGCCCAUUCCACUCAAAACUGCCCACUCAGCUGUUCCUACAGCUGACAUCCACGCAGGGAUCCAACCGACACCGCCGUCGCUGCUUUCUGUGUGGGGACGUUGGAUAACAGACAAUCUGGAGCAUGCUUGCAGUCGGUGUGCAGCUUCCACCACACGGCUAAUACCUACUGCUAACUUACUGUGUUUUAAAUGAAUACAGAGCAUGUAAUCAGGACAUUUAAGUAUAUUAAUAAACAAUUGUUUUAUGUUUGAUUUGCAAA